GCUACCAGGAAGAAAACAGACCCAAAAAAAUGAGUUUACGCCACUUUGAAGAAACUUCGGCCACAUUGUUGUCAUGUAAACUUUAAUACAAUUUGUAUCUGUAUGGUGGAGCCUGACUCAUGUUGCCGCUGUCCGGGACCAUGUGUCCAAGUGAAGGACGCCCGUAAGACAGACAGUUAAUUAAAUAUACCGACAGAAUGAUUAAACACACGCUGCGCGCGGGCCGACGUGCCGUCUCUCCCGGUCUGCGCUGCUUCUCUGAGACUUCCGGCGGAGGAGUCACUGAGGACGGACUCGAACGGACCGGCUCUCCACGUCUCACAAAGCAGGCGUCUCUCUACGUGCACUGGCCUUACUGCCUCAGAAGGUGCUCCUACUGCAACUUUAACAAGUACAUACCCAGAGAGAACAAUGACCCCGUAAUGACCGAGUGCCUUCAGCGGGAGACUGAGACACUGCUGCAGCUCAGUCAGGUGUCCUGCAUCACCUCAGUGUUUUUUGGUGGUGGGACUCCAAGCCUGGCUCACCCCUCGACCAUUGCCGCAGUCCUCCAAACUGUUUCGAGGCGGGCGUAUCUCUCAGAUGAGGCCGAGAUCACGCUUGAGGUCAACCCUACUCCUGUAGGAAAGUCAAAGUUAGAGGACUUUUGCCGUGCGGGGGUGAACCGUUUCUCCAUCGGGGUCCAGUCUUUGCAGGAUGAGGAUUUGAAAAGUCUGGGAAGAGACCACAGCACUCACCAGGCUUUGCAAACUGUCGAAGAGGCCAGGAGGCUGUGCCCCGGGCGGGUGUCGGUGGACGUCAUGUUCGGUCGGCCCAAACAGAGCGUUGCAUCCUGGGAGAAGGAGUUGUCUGAGCUGCUGAGGGUGUGCGAUGACCACGUGUCUCUGUACCAGCUGACCUUGGAGCGAGGCACCCAGCUGUUCAAACAGGUGCUGGGAGGAGAGGUGACCGUGCCCGAUGAAGACGUGACGGCAGAGAUGUACCGGUGUGCGAGGAGGACUCUCCACCAGCACGGCCUUCUGCAGUAUGAAGUUUCUAACUUCACAAGACAUCAGGCAGUGAGUCAUCACAACACCAGCUACUGGAAGGGAAGACAGUACAUCGGCGUCGGUCCAGGAGCACACGGGCGGUUUGUUCCUCUGGGGGAGGGAGGGGUCCUUCGGGAGGCGCGGACCCAGACUCUGGACCCUGACGCCUGGAUCCGUGAAGUCCAGCAGAGGGGACAUGGGACACGUAGGCGGAUUCAGCUCAGCCAUCUUGAACUGUUGGAGGAGGUGUUGGUGAUGGGAAUGAGGAUGACGGAUGGCAUUAAUCACAAGCACUGGGAGAUGUUUAGCCCUCAACUGGGUCUCUUUGAAGUCUUUGGCACAUCCAGCGAUGUCCAAGAGUUGCUCCAGAGUGGACACCUCAUUCUUGAUGACCGAGGUCUACGCUGCUCCUGGGAUGGACUGGUCUUACUGGACAGCAUACUGCCAGCUCUGCUGGUGGAACUGGAAAGACAAAUCAGUCAGAGGCUACAAAGUGAUCACCAUGCUUGA